GGGACGGUUUACUCUCACUCAAUAAUAUAAUAUUUGAUUCUUUCUACUGACGAUAAUGUUUGACCUUAUUCUCAGCUCUCAAUAAUUUCUUCUUCUCACUGGAAAAAAAGUAAACCUCUUUGCUUUGCUUCUGAUCUGUCGGUUUUUUUUCUUUUCCUUCUGUAAUUGGAAACAAUGCCUAUAGCAGAGAUCUUUCUCUCUGGCUUCGUCAAAUUGUUGUUUGAGAAGAUGUCCUCCUUUGCGUCCUCCAAACUACCCUCCUUUGAAGGUAUUGGUGCCCAGCUCACCAAUUGGACCAAUAUGCUGUCUCAAAUUGAAGCUCUUUUGAUUGACGCGGAGGAGAAGCAAAUGACAGAUCGAGCCGUGAACUUGUGGCUCGAUGAUCUCCAAGAUCUGGCAUAUGAUUUGGAUGAUGUCGUGGAUGAGUUCGCCACCGAAGCUUUGCGACAGAGUCUCAAGGCAAAGCCGCCCCAAGCUAGUUCCAGCAAGGUAUGGAAUCCCAUCCCUAAUUUCAAGCCAGGACAUGUUAUGUUUAAUUUCAAAAUGAGGUCCAAGAUUGAGGAGAUCACUACCAGAUUACGCACUAGUUUUGAACAAUGUUCGAAACUUAAUUUGGUUAAGAUUGUUGGAACCACCACACCUACUAAGACUUGGCAAAGACCAGAGUCUACGUCGUUAUUAAAAGAACCUCGCGUUUAUGGAAGAGAAAAGGAUCAAAGAAAGAUAAUUGAGUUGCUUGUAGGUGGGGGUGAAUCAAGUCGUAACAAAGUUGACGUAAUUCCCGUUGUGGGUAUGGGUGGGAUUGGCAAGACCACCCUGGCUCAGAUGGUAUACAACGAUGAAAUCGUGAAGAACCAUUUCGAUCUGAAAGCCUGGGUUUGUGUGUCAGAUGAGUUUGACAUUCUGAAAAUAACAAAAGCAAUUUAUGAUUCAGUCACUUCCCAGACAUGUAGUUCUGAUAACUUGGAUCAAGCUCAAGUUCAACUAAAGCAGGCUUUGGCCGGAAAGAAGUUCUUUAUUGUUUUAGAUGAUGUCUGGAACAAAAAAUACAAUGACUGGAAUGAUUUGAACAGCCCUUUCAAGGAUGGAGCUCAAGGAAGUAAAGUCGUGGUGACUACGCGUAGCAGAGACGUUGCAAGAAUGAUGGCAACUGUUGAACUUCAUGACGUUGAGAUCCUUUCAGAUGAAGAUUGUUGGUCAUUGUUUGCACAACAUGCCUUUGAGAAUAGAAGUAUUGAUGCAAAUCCAAAUUUGGUAUCAAUAGGUAAGAAAAUUGUGGAGAAAUGCAAAGGUUUGCCUUUGGCUGCUAAGACACUUAGUGGCCUUUUACGUUGCAAAGAACGAGAUGAGGAAUGGGUAGAUGUAUUGCGUAGUAAAAUAUGGGAUUUAUCACACGCAGAAAGUGACAUCCUUCCAGCUUUGAGAUUAAGUUACCAUCAUCUCCCUUCGCAUUUGAAGCAGUGUUUUGCAUACUGCUCAAUAAUACCCAACGACUAUGAAUUUGAGGAAGAAGAGAUAGUUUUGUUGUGGAUGGCAGAGGGUUUCAUUCUGCAAAAAGGAGAGAAGCAAAUGGAAGAUGUAGGAGGUGAUUACUUUCGGGAAUUGUUGUCAAGGUCUUUUUUCCAACCAUCAAGUAUUGGUAAAGGCUCUAAAUUUGUGAUGCACGACCUCAUCAAUGAUUUGGCUCAUGUAGUUGCAAGAGAUACUUGUUUUAGAUUGGAUGAUAAAUUGAAAGAUCAGGAGCAGUACAGGAAUCUAAAGAAAGCGCGACAUUCAUCUUACAUGCAGGAGAUCUAUGAGGGUAUGAAAAAAUUUGAGAUCUUUGACGAAGCCAUGCAUUUACGGACCUUCUUACCAUUUAGCUCAAAACAUUGGAAUUAUUAUUUGGCAAGCAAUGUUCCCCUUAAUCUAUUGCCGAAGCUAAGGCGCUUGCGGGUGCUCAAUAUGAGUAGAUAUCGCAUCACCGAAGUUCCAAAUUCGGUUGGAGAUUUGAAACAUCUGCGGUAUCUUAACCUAUCCAACACCUACAUUGAAGAAUUACCUGAAUCAUUAGGCUCUCUUUACAAUCUACAAACAUUGAUGUUAAGAGGAUGUGAAAAAUUGAAAAAGUUGCCAACGGACUUGGGAAGCCUAAUUGACCUACGUCAUCUUGAUACUACAAAUGCAUAUCACUUAGAAGAAAUGCCAUUGGGAAUAGGUAAGUUGGCUAGUCUUCAAACACUGUCCAAUUUUAUUGUUACUAAAAACAGUGGGCAUCGGUUAAGAGAGUUGGGGAACUUAAUUUAUCUUCGCGGGAAACUUUGCCUAUCUGGGUUACAGAAUGUAGUGGUUCCAUUAGAUGCAAGGGAGGCGAAUUUAAAUGAUAAGAAAGGGUUAGAUGUGUUAUCAAUGGAAUGGAGUGUUAACUCAGAUGAUUCACGAGAUAUAAGAGUUGAAACAGAAGUGCUUAAUAUGCUACAACCUCACAAGAAUUUAAAAGAGCUGCAUAUCAUAGGCUACCUUGGUACAGGAUUUCCGACUUGGAUAGGAGAUCCUCUGUUCUCCAAUAUGGCUGACAUAAGUUUAGAUAAUUGUGGAAAUUGUGCAUCCUUGCCACCACUCGGACAACUACCCUCCCUUAAAAAGCUUUACAUUACAGGUAUGAGUGCACUAAAGCAUGUUGGCUGUGAGUUCUACGGGCAAGGUGGCGUUCAACCUUUUCCGUUACUAGAGACUCUAAGCUUUGCGAAUAUGCCAAAAUGGGAGGAUUGUUAUACUUUUGGAGAUCACAACGAAGUUCAACCAUUCACUUGUGUCAAGUCUCUCUCCAUAAUAAAUUGUCCCAAACUUCUUAAAAUGUUGCCUACUGAUCUACCUUCUUUGAAUAAUCUAGAGAUUAGGGACUGCCCCAAACUCUGCGGAAUGACGCCCAAGGAUCUACCUUGUUUGAAUAAUCUAAAGAUUUCAGAGUGCCCGCAAUUCCUAGUUGAAGGUUCCAGCAUUAGCCUUCCGUCACUCACCUCGAUAGCUAUGAAUGACGUUCCUCUAACAAGCCUUCAAGCGGUCCUUGAGAUGAGGAGCAUGGUUGAUGACGAACUGAUAUCAGCAAAUGCAAAGUCUAAGCAUCCGAGUUCAAUAACUUCCUUGAGCAUUGGGAUGAUUAAGAAACUUGAGCUCUUGCCGAAAUGGGUUACUCAUGGGAUGAUGGAACUCGAAGCAUUGGAGAUCACAUGCUGUGAAGAACUCAAGACAUUGUGGAAGAACGAGGAUGAAGAAGAUGAGGAUGAAGACAACAAAGGGCAACAUGAGCAGCAGCAGCAGCAACAAGAGGGACUCCCCUGCAUAGUGAGGAGGCUUGAGCAUCUAACAAUAGAUAAUUGUGAAAAGCUGGAGAAACUGCCACGGCUGCUACAUAGCUUCACUUUUCUUGGAGAGUUGUAUGUCUAUAAGUGUCCGAGUCUCAGCUCUUUUCCGGAGACAGGUUUUCCGUGCACGCUGAAAACACUCAAGGUACGUGAUUGUGAGGCUCUGCAAUCCUUAUUCGGGUGUUUAACACAGAUUAAUGACAGUAAUCUUCAAGUGUUAGUUGUUCAAGAUUGUCCAUCCCUCACAUGCUUGAUAUCGUGCAGAGGUGGGGGGCUACCACCCACACUCGAACAGCUUCAGAUUUGGGGGUGUAAAAAGUUGGAGGCACUGCUAGUAGUAGAUGAGGGGAUGGAAAUUACCUGUCCAUCUCUUGAGAUUGUUUUCAUCAGGGAUUGUGAUAGGCUCAAAUACUUGCCAGAUGCCCUUCCUAAUAAUAAUAAUAAUCUCAGGAAUCUCAGUGGAUUGUACUUGUAUGGGUGUAAGAAUUUGGAGUACAUUCCGGAAGGAUGGUUCCACUCCGCAACAAAUCUGGCACAUUUGGAUAUCAGGGGAUGCAAAAAACUCGAGGCCCUACCACACGGAUUGCAGAGCAUCACCUACCUCACUUCUCUUCAAUUACUGUGGAUGGAUAUUCCACAUUGGAACAAUAACUUCAAGAAGAUUGGUUUGCACAGUUUAUCCUCUCUUAGAACACUGUUGAUUGAAGGCCCAAUUAGUGUGGCAGAGGAUGAAGAAGAAGAAGAAGAAGGUGUAGCGGGGUCCAGCUUUCCAAUAGAUGGGAAGUUGCUGCCCACCUCUCUGAUCAAUCUUUGGAUCAGGGAUUUACGAAAUCUGGAGAAGCUAUCUUCUAAGUUGUUUCAAAACCUCGCCUCUCUUGAAUCUCUUGAAAUCUGGGGUUGCCCUAGGCUCAAAUCUUUACCAGUGCAAAGGCUGCCUCCCUCACUUAAGAUAUUGUAUAUCAGUGGAAGUCGGAAACUAACAAGGAAGUGUGAAAAGGGGAAAGGCAAGUAUUGGCCCCACUUAACUCACAUACCUCAAGUCGAUGUUUAUGAUUAAGCUCUGUUGUGGAGAUUCCCACCGCAGUUUUACAAGCACUCAAAUUGCCAGUUGUUGCCUAUAUAGUGAACGGGGAAAGUCAGAUUGAAAGUGAUUAAGCUGGUACAAAUUCUUGUUGAAGGGAGAAUUUUUUGGCCAGAAAAA